AUGAGCUUAAAGGGGUUUGAUCUCCAUCAGAUUUUCCCAACCUGCUUGCCCUACCUAGGGGGGCGGUGGGGGCGGGUCACCCCGGGUGUCACCACUGAGGGGGGUGACAAAAUGGUGGGCGACACUCACCACGGGGCCUGCAGCACGCCCAAGCUAUGCUUCUCUCCUGGCAGUGACGCGGUGGCUUGGGUGCCUGCAGGCUCCGCGCUGCCCCAAAACAGUCCGCCUGCUGCCUCCCCCUCAGCUGUAGGGCAGCUGAGUGGAAGGAGGCAGGCAGACUCCUCGAAUGCCCUGCGGAGCAUCCUGCCCUGGCUCGCCCGCUCUGCAGGCGGCUGUCCCCACCCCUGGGCGCAGGGCACGCAUGCCGCCCCAGACACCCAACUGGCUUGCUCCACCGCUGCCUACCUACAAAUGUCUUGA